GCGUCGUCAGGGCCUUUCCACUCUCACGAGGUUGUUGGCAUGUGGCAUGGGCCUCAUUGAAUUUUGUUCUGCCGGAAGCUGUAAGCUGUGAGGAUGCUGCUUCGGUGAAGUCGCCGUCCACCACAACCAUCGGCCUCCCUCCACUGUUCUGUGGAGUUACAGUUGAUAUUGUUACUACGGUAUCAGUCAGAGGUAUCCUUCGUUUUAGUAACCAGAGCCACCAUGCCAGCAAAACGCAGCAGUGCGGCCACGGCCCGUCCCUCUGUGGACGCCAACGGGAAGGCAAAGGCCAAAAUGACCGUAGAGGCAGUGUUUGCCCAAUCGGCCAUUGUGGACCGUGUGGGCGAAUACCCUAAGUUUACCAAGGAGGAAAUGCAAUUGGGCAAGUUAUUGGGUAAAGGAGGUUUUGGCAGUGUCUUUGAAAUUCGUUCCUUUACACUCGGUGGCAAAAAAGUGCUGAUGAAUCAGAAGAAGGGAUUUUCCGAUGACCUGAAUGAUACGGACUAUGGGAAUGCCAGCAACAACCACCAAAGUGCUCGCAUGUUUAUUGCUCAGCACUGUCUCCGCAAUAACAGUGACGCCCGCUAUGCUGUCAAGCAGUUGAGCCCUGAAGUUAUUUCAAAUGCCGGCAUGUUCUACCAAGGAAUGAUGGAUAUGGCACUCGAAACCAGGUUCAUGAGUGACAUACAGCAUCCUAAUAUUGUCAAAAUCAGGUCCAUGGCUAAGUGUGAACCAUACGAUGAACGGUACUUUAUCAUCAUGGACCGUCUCUAUGAUACUCUUGAACGACGUAUUCAAAAGGUCUGGUUGCCCAAGGCCAAGGUUCAAAAUUCCUUCUUUGGGAAAAAUCUCUUAGAUCGCAAGGGCGCAAAGAGGAAUGAUUUGUUGGAGGAACGUGUUGUUUAUGCCUUUGAUUUGGCAGCCGCAAUUAACUAUUUGCACGAACGUCAAAUUCUGUAUCGUGAUAUAAAGCCCGAGAACAUUGGCUUCGAUGUCCGUGAUGACAUCAAGUUGUUCGAUUUUGGAUUGGCCAAGGAAUUGAGAGAUGACCUAAAGACCGAAGACGGUCUCUACAAAUUGACUGGAGAUACUGGCUCACCUCGUUACAUGGCACCAGAGGUCGCUUUUGGAAAACCUUACAAUAGCACCUGUGAUACCUACUCUUUCUGCAUCCUCUUAUGGCAAAUGCUAGCUCUCACCACUCCCUUUGAAGUUUACACAGUCAAGAAACUAAAGGAACGUGUCUGGAGUUCCAUGGAAAAACGACCACUUAUCAAUGAAACCUGGUCAGCCAACUUAAAGCUACUCUUGAAGCGUGGCUGGGCCAACGAUUUGACUGUCCGUUUCACCAUGAAACAGGUCGAAGGCAUUCUUCGCAAGGAAUGUAUCCGUAUCCGUGAUGGCAAUGACAGCGGUCUUGAGCAUCAACGUCGUCGUUCCACAUUUGUCUUCCGUGGAAGCAAGGCUGGGGAAAAGGGUGCCCCUAUCAAUGUCAAACCAACACCUAGUCGUGCGGCAGUAUUGAAGACAACUCACAACACUACUGCUGUUGCCGCCAAGGAGAAAAAGGAAGAACUGAGCGCCCAAAGUGCGCACUCGAUGAGUGCACACAUCACUUUUGACCUCUAAAAGGAGCAUGCUAGGCCAGGUCGCUCUUUGGAUGUGGGUGGCAAGCAAAUGUUUGCCCCAAAUAGAAUUGACACUUGUGGCAGUGUCAUAAAACGGCAACAAUACACCCUCUGCAAUUUUUGGAUGGAAGGAAGCAACCAUGGUUGAAGGAAGCUGGUGCAGCAAGGAUGGGAGUUCUUGAUGAACAGGAGCAUUCCUCUUGUCUCCACACUAAAACCGUAUUAUAAAGAUGUUAUUUACUUCAUGUUG